AUGAAGCCUUCUUCAUCUACAACUGGUACCUCGGAUAAGAUCUUCAGGCCUGCGCAACUCCAGAUGAUCGUGUUCAACCCAUCGGGGAAGCUGAUCGGAAAGAUCUAUUUCGGGAGCGUGUCGGCCAAUUUCCAGUUCGCGGGCGGGGGCCAGAUCGUGAUCCUGGCUAAGACGGAGCUGUACUAUGCCAUGCUGGCGGCGGAGGGGGCGUUCCCCGGAAAGUUGUACCCCGAGUGA